AUGAGAAACGGCAAGUAUGAGCGCUUGACAGUUGUUGUGGUCGGGAUCGGCCAGAUGGGCUGCAGCCACGCACUUGCCUACCACCAAAACACGGGCUUCAAGAUCAUCGGCCUGGUCAGCCGCAGCCCACCAAAGAAGUUCCCAGAUGAACUAAACCAGUAUCCCAUUCUACUAAGCUUUGAAGAGGCCCUUCUGCUUAAACCGAAUAUCAUCUCGAUCAACACACACACUGCGACGCACGCCAGCUACGCCAUAGCCGCAAUGGAAGCCGGAGCACACGUGUUCGUCGAAAAGCCCCUAGCAGCAACAGUAGCCGACGCGGAGCGCGUCGUGGAAACAGCACGACGUACAAAUCGCAAGCUCGUCAUCGCUUACAUCCUACGACAUCAUCCCAGCUGGGUGGAGUUCAUCAACCAGGCUCGACAGGUCGAUCCACCGUUCGUGAUGCGAAUGAACCUGAAUCAGCGCUCCACUGGAAACGCCUGGGAUAUUCAUAAGCGUAUACUACAGGACGUGAAGAAUCCUGUCAUUGACUGCGGCGUGCACUUCAUCGAUUUUAUGUUGCAUAUUAGCGACAGUAAGCCAGUACAAGUGCGCGGCAUGGGACUCAGUCUCAGCGAUGAACUCUCAUCGGAUGGACAGGCGAAUUAUGGGCAUCUUCAGAUUCUCUUUGAGGAUGGGUCAGUUGGCUGGUAUGAAGCUGGAUGGGGGCCGAUGAUGUCUGAGACGGCGUAUUCUGUCAAAGAUGUGAUGGGUCCUCGUGGUUCGGUGUCGAUUGUGGUGGACGAUAAGGAGAGGACUGCUGGCAAUAACGGUGGCUCGGCUGAUAUUGAUAGUCAUACCAAAACAUCGAGAUUACGUUAUUGUCAUUGCGGUGGAUCGGUCUAUGCGUGA